GAUGAUAAUGUUUUGAUGACGUCAUGAGUCAGUGGGUGGGCUGGGCUGUGGUCCUGCUUUCAGCUUCUUCCAUCGCCAGUCACGUUUUUUACGAUUAUUUAAACCUUAAGCAGGAACAUACGAACACCGCAGGAUGAGUUAGGGGCUCUACUUGGAGUGUGCUCGUGCACUGAGACAUGGAGAGCUGCAGUGUCCCCGUCCUUCUGCUGCUCUUGCUGCAGACUCUGCAGACAUCAGCUGAGGGCUCAGAUGGACAUUUAGUGUGCCUGUGUGAUACCCCUAAAUGCCAGGACACCCAGUGCCAUGGCUCCCGCUGCUUCUCUUCCGUCAAAGUGGGCAGCGGUGGGGUGGAGUUCGAGCGUGGCUGCCUGGAGGGAGUGGAGAAAAUCCGUUUGCAUUGCUCCACUGCUCCAUCUUUCCACCAAGCCAUCUACUGCUGCUCCCAGGACAUGUGCAACGGCAACACCAGCAGGAGCAUACUGAUGUCUCUUCUUCCAACAGCCCCAGAGGGAGAGCCAGUGCGGUAUCGUGUGGAGACCUUGGCUCUCUUCGUGCUGGGUCCAGUGGUGGUUCUGGGUCUGCUGUCUGUCGUGUCAGUUUUGGCCUGCAGGAGGCUCCACCACGGGCAUCUGCAGAGGCUGCAGGAGUUUGACACGGAGCAGGGAGCCAUAGACGGCCUUAUCACCUCUAACGUGGGAGACAGCACUUUAGCAGACCUGUUGGACCACUCAUGCACAUCAGGCAGUGGUUCAGGUCUUCCUUUCCUUGUCCAGAGAACUGUGGCCAGACAGAUCAGCCUAAUGGAGUGUGUAGGUAAGGGGAGGUACGGGGAGGUGUGGAGAGGCCAGUGGCAGGGGGAGAACGUUGCAGUAAAAAUAUUUUCCUCCAGAGACGAGAAGUCGUGGUUUAGAGAGACAGAGAUCUAUAACACAGUGCUGCUCAGACACGAAAACAUACUAGGUUUCAUGGCAUCUGACAUGACAUCUCGCAACUCUAGCACCCAGCUGUGGCUCAUCACACAUUACCACGAGAAUGGUUCUCUCUAUGACUACCUGCAGCGAGUUGCCGUGGAGACGUCAGAGGGCUUGGCGAUGGCCGCAUCGAUAGCGUGCGGCCUGGUGCAUCUGCACACAGAGAUCUUUGGCACAGAGGGGAAACCGGCCAUCGCACACCGGGACCUGAAGAGCAAAAACAUCCUGGUCACAAAGGAGCUGCGCUGCUGCAUUGCAGACCUGGGGCUGGCUGUGACCCACUCCCAGGCAGACAACCUGCUUGACGUGGGCAACAAUCCAAAGGUUGGCACCAAGCGAUACAUGGCACCAGAAGUGCUGGAUGAGACCAUUCAGACAGACUGCUUUGAUGCCUACAAGCGUGUGGACAUCUGGGCCUUUGGGCUGGUGCUGUGGGAGAUAGCACGGCGCACUUACAGCAAUGGAAUUGUCGAGGAGUACAAGCCUCCGUUCUACGAUCAGGUGCCAAACGAUCCAAGCUUUGAGGACAUGAGGAAGGUUGUGUGUGUGGAGCAGCAGAGGCCUUUCAUUCCCAAUCGUUGGUUCUCAGAUCCUACUCUCUCCGCUCUGGUGAAACUCAUGAAGGAGUGCUGGUACCAGAACCCAUCUGCCAGGCUAACAGCUCUGCGCAUUAAGAAAACCCUGGACAAGAUCCACAGCUCUCUGGAGAAAGGCAAGGAGUCGUGAGAGGAGAGGAAGCAGCUGCUGAAGUCUGAGAUCAGCUAAGAAAAGAGUUAUUUUUUUUCAAAAGACAGAAAGCAACAGAGAGGACCCACAGAGGAAAGAGUUGUUCAAAUGUCAUCCAGCCUCAUCCUUCUCUUUGCUCUCUCUUUUUUUCUGUGGUUGCCUUCCACCGACAUCCCUCUCUCGUGACUUUGAAUCCACGCAGACGUUUGGUUGUGCUCUGUCUGAAAACGCCAGCCUUAGCUACAGGACACACACCAAUGUGCUCGCCCCGACCUGAACUGUAGACUGUUACUGAGUGUGAACCACACGGAUGGCAUAUUGUAGUACCCCAUCCCAACGCUUUAACGCCCAUUUAUGACUGCUCUCACACACUUGAACACACUCCAAACACUACAUAGUCUAUUACAAUUCAGUUACUGAUCUCCAGUCUGUGUUUGUGACAUUCUGGUCAGAGACAAUCAGAAAUGUUUUCAUCAUUUAGCUUUAUCUGAACAUGCCAACUCAACACACACACACACACACACACACACACACACACACACACACACACACACACACACACACACACACACACACACACACACACACACACACACUCACUCACACUCUCACACACACACACACACACAGGAAAUCACAAAUACACUUACAGAAGGAAAAGAGCCAAUAGAAUCAAAGCUGUUUUUAAACUUUCUAAAUAUUGCUAUUUAUGUAUUAAAUCCAAUGCUACCACACUACUGAGGAUGUGAGAGACUGAAGUGGGAGAGUUUGUGAAACUGACUGUAAACAUAUAUAAGCAUUUACUCUACUGGACUCUGUUCCCAUGUUGUCAUUAUUGGCGCUAGCAGGAAAUGAUUUGAUGUGAAACAGUAGGAAAGCUGUUCCUGCUGAGCUUGUAGGAACAAACGGAUAAAAUGCAAAGCAAGUACCUGCCAAUAAGAGUUAGUCUGUAUCUUAUAAUAAGAAUAUGAAAUGAACUGAUCCUCUCUGCCUGCCACACUCCAUACUCUCACUGUGGCUCAUGUGAAAGAAGUCUUCUCUCUGUGCGGGCAGAGAGGAGUUGAGAGCGGUUUGUUUGCGACAGAGCGGAUGUUUUUAAGUUCUCUGAAGCUGAAGUUGGGACUCCAUUUACUCCUCAUCUCCCAUCAUGCCACAGUGUACAAGUUGCUUAAAACAACGUAAACAAAUUCAUCUGCAGUCUUUUUAUUCAAGAUUCAUUUUUCAACAAAGUUGCCUAGGUGUGCAGUUUGAAAAGAAUUUGUUCACAGAUGCUGGCUUUGUUUUGGAAACAAUGUUGCUCUGUCUUUUUUUAUAUGUAUUAAAACAUUAACUGCACUCUUUCUUGA